GUAGCGGUCUGACGUCUACGCUAGUGUGAAGUGAAUGUUUUACGCAAUUAUUUUAAAAUUGUUUAAUUAUUUUGAAGUCUUUAAAAUAAUUGUAAAAAAAAAAAUAAGUUUAAACAGCUUCUUACAAGAACUAUGUGAAUGGAUCCAACAGGAAUGAUAACAGGGUAAUGAACUAUAACAAGAGCAAGAGCCAGUGAAAUGUAAAAGUGAAGACAUGAACAUAAAAAUCGCUCCAAUGGCUCGUAAUAUAGUAUAUUGGCUAUUAGUGGUUUUAUCACUCGAGGCCGUUGACGCUAAAAGAGCGACGUGCCUGGGUUACCCUAACUGUAUUUGCGGCGGUACAUUGGCCUUAGAAGUUGAUUGCAUCGUAAGCGGUCAGACAGUGAAAAUUGAUGUUUUACCUGGCGUUUACGUGAACAUCAAAUGUGAAAAUUCGACGUUUUUGAACUAUAAUAAUCUACCGAACUUUAAUAAUCGCAGAAAUAUUUUUAAGACAGUCAGUUUUAAGAAUUGUCCGUUACCAUCGACAUCUUUCAAAGAAGUAUUAACAAAUAUCGGUGUUAAUAAAACAAUGUCUUUGAUAUAUCAAAAUGAGAAAAAUAUAACACAGAAUUUUGAUAGAAAUCAUUUUGUCGGAUUAGAAGAUUUAACUAAAUUAUUAAUAUCUGUAAACGGUGUUAUAUUUCUACCGGAUAAUCUUUUUAUGGAUUUAAAUAAUCUUAAAUGGUUAAACUUGCGAAUUAAAUCUGUAAAUAUAUCUAAAGAAAUAUUCAAACCAUUACCAAGAUUGGAUACACUUGAAAUCAAUCAUAAUCGUAUGACAAAUAUGCCCAAUAACAUAUUCGAAUAUUUAAUAGGAUUAAAAAAAUUCUCGCUCUGGCAAAGUAACAUAUCGAUAAUACCCAAUGAUAUCUUUGAAGGUGUACGAGAAUUGGAAGAAUUAGAUAUGAGUUCGAACGAUUUGAGAAUAUUACCAUCGGUUACAUUUUAUCCAUUAAAAAAUCUAAAGAAACUAACUUUAUUUUCAAAUAAGUUUUCCGUUCUACCGGAUAACUUGUUUGCGCAGAACAAGUUACUUUCAACAUUAAUCAUUUUAAACAAUGACGUUAAAAUAAAAGAACUUCCUAAAAACUUAUUACGAAACUUGCAGUAUUUGAAACAAGUACAUAUACAAAGAUGUGGAAUUGAAAUAAUAUAUACCAACUUAUUUACAAACUCGUCUAGAAUAAAUAACAUAUCGUUGGCGCAUAAUGAGAUAAAGAUACUACCGGAAGCAGUUUUUAACGAUCAAAUAAAUCUACUUGAACUAGAUAUCAGUUAUAAUAACUUAGAAAGUCUAGGAAUUAAGUUAUUCUCGUCGUUAGUACGAUUAGAGAGAUUGAAUUUAUGUUGCAAUUCUAUAACAGAAAUAUCUGGACUAACGUUCUUACCAUUGAUAAGUCUCACAUACUUAAACAUGGAGAGAAACAAUUUGAAAGUGAUAUCUUCAAAUCUAUUCGAAAAUAAUAGACAAAGGUUAUCAAUAUUUUUUGCGUACAACGAACUUGAUUUUGAAAAUAAAAUAUUGGUUAAUAACUCUUGGAUAAUUAGAAGGAAUUCACCAUUUAUCAACACGCAUAAUUUACAAAUGCUUAAUUUAAGCCAUAAUAAAUUUAGAGAUGUUUCUAUUGAUUGGUGGGUGAAUGGUCAUGAACAUAUCGACUUAAGAUUUAAUUUUAUCAAAAAUCUAUGGGGAGAUGGUGAACAUGAAUUUGCACAUAAUUACAAAAUAAUAAAAACACCAAUCAAAGAAAUUUGGAUCGGAAACAAUAACCUAAGUUGUGGAUGUCAUAAUUUAUGGUUCCUUGAUUACAUACAGGCUCACUGGAAGACCAAGAUAUCAGACAUCGAUUUCAAACAUUGUCCAAUGUGGUCAACUCGUGUGGUUUGCUAUAUAGCAUUUUAUGUCAUCAUUUCUAUCACAGGAAUACUAUUCUUCAUAGCAGCAUUCAUAAUUAUUGUAUAUUUUAUUAUUGCAUUAAAAUAUUCUAUAGCUGACGAGGAAUUCGUUUUAAAAGAGAUCGUUCCCGGAUUACAAGAUAUUAAAAAUGUAAAACUGCUUAUGAAACCUAUCAGCGAUUUGAAUACUAAAAAGUCUUUUAUGAAAAUUUUGAAAAGGAACGAAAGCGAAAAAUACGUCACCAUUGUAAUAUUUUCACCGAAUUAUUUAAUGACAACGUACAGUAAAGUUAAUAUUAAAAAGAUACGAGGGGAGAUGUUGAAAGCAAGAAAUACAAUUUACAUAUUUGUCGACACCGGCCCUGACAAUUCUAUUUACGCUUUCCUAAAGGAUCAACGUGAGACACGGAUAUCAGUUUUGUGGAACGAACUCUAUUUCUGGGAUAAAAUUAUCGAUUUCGUUUCGAAAUAUUCGAAACAUCGCAAAUUCGGUUACAAAACUAGAAGUUGCCAAGGAAAAAACAACCUUGUUAAAGAAAUUAAUAAAGUUAAACGUAAAUAUACACCGAAAAUGUCAUUCAUGAAACUAUCGGAGUGGCCUCAAACUGAUACUUUCGAAACGUUUGCGCAUAGCCAAGUUUAGUACAUGUAAAUCUUUUUUAUGAGGCAAAGACUGAAAAUUUCGCCGUUAACCAUAGUCUAGUACUAUGAAUACAGAUCAUGUUAUGUAAUUAAAUUAUCACGUUACAUGUUACAAUUUAAUUCU